GGAGGCCAGCAUUCCGAUGAGCCAGCGAGCUCUAAUAUCGAAUACUCUGAACCAUACAAAAGAUGGUUGCAGCAUUACGUAGAUCUUUUUGUCUUGAUAAAAAGUGGGUGAAAUUGCGUGCAGCAAUCGUUUUUAAGAGGCUUUGAUUGUUUUUCUGUGCUCUGAUCUUCCCAAAUGAGUGAUAACAACAAUACGAACCACAGAUGUGAGCCAAAGAACGAUCAUGGCGAGAGCGUCGCAUCUGUUGCUAGCAUCUAUCAGCUCAAUGGACAAAGAGUUCGUCAUACACGCAUCAACUCUACAAAGUACAAAGACACUUUUGAUGAUUCUAGAAUGGUCGUAGUUCGCUAUUUCUUGGACCGUCCGGGCUACGAUUUACACAAUGCCACUGCCCGCCUCUGGUUCCACCCCCCGACGAUUUGCUCCCCCGAAGAUGUACGGUACUUUCUCAAGAACCAAGGCGUUUCCCUCGAGGGUCUUCUUAUAGAAAUAUACUUGGACACAUUUGAAAGUUUUAUGGUGCUAGAAUCUUGCGCAGCAAAUUGUGUCGAAUGGAGCUUCGAAGGGACAAGCUAUCAGGAUCCAGGUAUUUUAAAUAUACGAUUGACUGAUCUGAUUGACGCCACCAUGGAAAAUGUAUCUUCAACAACUCGGCUAGUUCAUCCUACAAAAUAUGGCGCCACAAAAGAACAGGCCAAUACGUCGCCCGUCGGUCUUUUUUCCUUCUCGAUGGUUCAAGCCAUGCAGACGAUGCAAGUCAUGAGCAAGUUGAUUCCAGACAGUGUCGCUGAAUCGUGGACGUUGACCAAUGGUCCCUACAUGUUUUUCCUUGGAGGGGUAGUUCAGUUCGUGGUGGGAAUUUUCCAAGUACUGCGAGGCAACAUCUACGGAGCUACUGCUUUUCUUGCGUUCGGAGGCUUUUUGAUGGCCGAUGGUGCAGGAAUAAUACUUCGAAAUCAUUUCUCCGAUGCUGGAAGUCGUGCCGUAGAGCUUAUUGGAGUUCCCGAUCCAUGGGGCAACUUCUUCCGUCACGCGUACAUCUGUGCUUUCUGUUGUGUAUUGCUAAAGCAGACUCUGGUUAUGAACAAGCUGACAACUGGCUUGAUUGCAGUUGUCUGCACAAAACUUGCCGCAAGCUCUUUCACUGGUUGGAGUGAAACUUUUGAAUGGAUGGAAAUCGCUUUGGGGUGGAUUGUAUCCGUGUUUGCCUUUUACGUUUUCACAGUCGAAGUGACAAACGAAGUGUAUCAUCGGGAGGUCUUCCCGAUGUACAAAUGGUCAGAAAGGCACAGUCCUGAAGAGCUGUUUGGUGCUACUGGUCGCAUUGGGACGCUCACAUCUAAAGCAACCAAGCUUCGCCAGGCAAACUACCCCACCCCUUUGAAUAUUCGCUGGGCAAACACAAUGCACGGAUCGCAACAACUCCAAGACAAUUAACAGUGCUUGAGGAUGGUACAGAGUUCUUCCAUAUAUGUCGUUGAUAAUGUAAACAAGCACAUUAUGCUGCCCAA